AGUCCGGGGAAGACGAUAAUGCAUGGCAGCACGUCAGACUUUCCUGGAUUAUACGGCUAUAUGGUAGCCUUUAAAAUAUUGGACACAGUUGAAAAAACGAUAAAUCUUGCAUGCUCACACAAAGUUUGCGCAAGGACCAGUGGAGCUUGGAAUUUUGUUUAUAUAACUUUAUAUAUAUAUAUAUAUAUGUUUCACUAGUUUUAAUCAUUUUCGGACAGGCGUGCAUUUAUCGUUAACGAAGAGUUCUAUAUUAUUGUUCAGUAAAGUCUACAAACUUUGUCAUGAAAUUUAACAAAUGGGUGGCUAAAUUUUAUGUGUAAAUUGCUAUAUUUCUAAACUUUAAUAAAAGACCAUUAUGUUUGCAAAGACGGGCAGCUGAACGUAUUAUUUCGGAGAAUCCAAGUGAAAAAUCCAUUGUUACAGCGAACUUUUAAAUCUGGGAUUUAAAGAACAUCACAUGCUCAGACUGAGUGGCAGCCUCGCGCACGGAGCAAGCAACUUAACCAGACGAAAGUGUUCGAUACUUCAUCUUUUUUCUUCUUCUUCUGCAAUCACGCGGAACUAAUGGACGGAACAUAAAUGAACUAUCACUCAAAAACGCAAAUUUCUUAAAUAACGCUGCACCGCUGAAUGAGAAGAGCUCACAGCUGUCGGAGGCUAGCAAAGAGGUGCACCGUUGAGCUAAUCGUGAGAAAAAUUUGAAGGGCCGCUGAGAAAUAUAAACGUUUAAACAUCACCUUUUUAUUAGGAACAAAACAUUUGCGGAGAAAAUGACAAACAUUUACAGUCAACGAUCUUUAACAGUUCUUGCUUUUUUGGGAGUUCUAUCCGCUAUCAUGUCUUUGUUGUCAGUCGUCCUGAUUUUUCAACUACAGUCUCACCACACGGGGACCAAAGAUUCUUCUUCCCGUCCCUCCGUCGUUCCAGCUGAAGUUUCGGCUGUUCUAAUGCCGGUAGCAACGGUACUCACAGCCUUGUCCCUCACGCUGAAUCUCAGCUCCGUGGUUGUUUGCCUCCUUCACAGCUACUUCACUACCGAGAUUUGCAAAGGAGAGGACGACACGGACAGAGCUGACUGGUUCCUUUUGGACAGCAGAACUGUCCGUCAUGUGGCUGUUGGACUUUUUUGUCUGGGAAUUUCAGUGUACUUAGCAGCCAUGUCCAUGUACAUGCUGCUGGUGUUCGAGACAGAGACAGGCAUCGCCAGCGCCUGCGUCCUGGCCUCGGGGAUCCUGGUCCUGCUGGUCGCCGUGGCGCACUCGCUGGCGCGGGCCAGCCGCGCCUCCAGGGCCCGCCACAGCGAGCUGCCGGACGCCGUGUACCAGAACGAGCACGAGAGCUGCCCCAGCCUGCGGCCGUCCGAGCUGGGCCUCGCGGACAGGCCCAGGAAGCAGCGUGGCCGCUCCAGCCUCCAGCGCCAGCUCUCCUACCCGCCCUGCGCCGACCCCAAACAGCAGCAGCACUCCCCGCCCAGCGACAGGGAAGGCUACAGCGGCGGGGGGAGCGUUCCCAGAAUGCACCGCACCCUGUCGGCCGAGUCCGGGCUGCUGCAGGCCCAGGCCAAGCCCUGGAACGGCAUCAACAGCGAGAUGCGGACGGUGCUGGCCCGCAAGUCCGGCGGCACCGGCAAGGACUCCACCCUGGUGUGAUCAGCGGCGAGCCACCAUCGCAGGUUUGGAGUGGAGGAUUAUGGGAGAAAGACGUCAGCCGCCACGAGCCUCUCUCCAUUCAGGCGGUCUUUAAAGCUCGUUUUUAAUGCUACCACAACAAAUACUGACGGAAUGCAGUAUGUUCAUAUGUUCUCGUCUUUUUUACGCUAAACAGGAAAUUCGUUCUUUAGUUGUUCUUCAAACAAACAAAUAAGUGCUUGACUAAAUAAUGGCGGGAACGUGCAUUCCAGUCUAUAAUCAUCAUUGGCAAUAUUAAUGCUAAUCAUUCAGAUGUAUUCCCCUGUUAUUUUACUCUGAGUAGUAACUUAUGUUAAUCAGUGUGCCAGUUGUGUGACAGUGUGAAUGCUUCAGCUCGCUGACUAAUUGAGCACUUGAAUCCAGAAUCAUGUGUAUUCUUACUGAGGUUAUUGUGUGGUAAGUGUAUGGGUAAAGAACUUAACAGCAGCUUAAAUCAAGAUGUGGAAAGCACUUGUACUGGAAUCUUUUGUUACACUGCAAAACGUUUGCUAUAUCACUGUAAAAAACAAGUUUGAUUUUACAAGAUCAUUUUAGCUCAUCUUGAGUGUACUGUUAUAGUAGAAGUUUGUAAAAUGAGAACAGCAACCAAAAGGCUUUAAGCAUUUCAGAAGUGUGCCUGUAAGUAUUAAAGACCAAGGUUGGUCUGUGAAAACUGCAAUAUUGACUUUUUGCCAAAACUAGUGUAUUACACAAUGUGUAGAUUGAGUAGUUAGCACAUUAUAAUAAGACAGUGCUUUGUUGCUGUAAUAGCAUUUCAUAAAUAAAGUUGAUUUCAAACCAAGA